GACACCCGGAAGUGUCGGCGGGAAGUCGGUUAGUAAGGCCGAGGCCGUUAACGGUCCCUGUUGGGUGGGGCGGGGUGAGGGCUGGGGAGAAGCCGCUCGGUCCUAGGAAGAUGUUCUGGAGUGAGGGGCGCUCCGCCGCGGGCCCUAGUGCUGCGGCCGGCUAGGCCCCGGGAAGGUUCUUCUUUGCGAGAGGUGUUGAUCAUCAGCACCUCUGACCUGGGCAGCGCUCUGAGGAGAAUCUGCUGCGUUGGUCCCAGCCCUAGGUGGGAUCAGUCUGUUAGGUUAUUCAGAAUUAAUUCUCAUGUCAGCAGAAAGCUCAACCAUCACAGUCCGCCUUGUUCGCUCUUUUGAACACCGGAACUUCAGACCUGUGGUGUAUCAUGGGGUUAACUUGGAUCAGACAGUAAAGCAGUUCAUUAAUUUUGUGCGGAAGGAUGUGCCUUCAAGAACAGGACUUCCUCCUCCUUUCAAAAAUUACAAGUAUGACACAAUGAAGAUUAUUCACCAAGCACACAAAUCUAAGACUGGUGAGCUUGUAGUGAGCUUGGAAGAUGAUGACAAACUGAUUUUGAAAGAAGACAGUACGCUGAAAGCAGCUGGAGUAGGCUAUCGUGAAAUGAAAAUUAUCAAAUGAGACCGAAUUAGCAUUCUUCUGUGAGGAAGAUUACAGAAACUACAAAGCUAAUCCUGUUUCAGCCUGGUGAAGAUCCCAAGAGAUUGUUUUGUUUUCCCAUAUCUGUUGUAAAUUUUCCUUAUUCCGCUUAAUGAGAUUUUUCUUAAAGAUCAAUAAAUCCUAGAGGAUUGCUUUGCAAACAGUGCAAUUCCCUUCCUAUAGAAAUUAAUUUCUGUCAAUAUGCUAAGACUGAGAGAAGGAAAACUGGGGGACAUAAAUGACUUUUUCUUUCCUUCGCUUGCCUUUGGCGAUGCAGGCAGCACAAUCUCUGACCUGUGACACACGUUCUUGGCAUGAUCCUACAGCAGACAUUAGCUACAUAUGGACAUUAUACAAUGCACAGUAAGAUCCCACCAGAGUACUAACUUCUAAUGAAAAUGGAAACGUUUUAUGACCAAAUCACUGGGUAUUUUAGAGAGCUCGAGAAGAGAAUCUCUGUUUCAAGUCAUAGCUUUAUUCCUCUCAUUUUAUGUUUGGUCUCUUUUGUUCAAAUGGUGCAGACUGGCAAGAGUUUCAUGCUCUCCACUGGUGAAUGCUUUCCUUUAUACUCUCUUCCAGCCCUCUUUAGCAUGCUGAUGGGGACAAGUGACUGUUGGGAGGCUUUUGUCUUCAAGAACCAGCUCGUCUCUUUCUAGCUUUACUUCGAGAUGCCUUCAUGUAUGAGGAAUCUGAGUUGUGCCAGGACAUUAGUGUGCGUAAGCAGGAGUCGUGGAUUUUUCCAAGUGGAGCGAAGCUUGUGGUUUCGCUUUUAAGAAUAAAACCUGAAUGACUGCAUUUUUGCAAGGAGAGACCCAGUCUGCAAGCCACAUGUCUUCAAGACUGGAGUGGAUUCUUUCCUGUUUUCAAGAGCCAAAUAUUCUGUUGCUAUAUGUUAGUUCUUGGUAAUUCCAGGCUUUCCUACUACAGUAACCAAAUCAAGAAAAUGAAAAAAUAGUCAUGUGUGCAAUAAAGUACCUUUGCGUAGACACUGCUGAUGAAACUGCUUUUUAGGAGUUAGAGAGAUACAACACUGUGCCUUUAAGCCUCUCUUCAUUGAAAUAGAAAUGAUGCUGGGUUUCUGCCUUAGCAAGCUUUUGGGGAAUAGGCGCUGUUAAAUCAAAUGAAAUUUCAUGUGGGAUUGCUUUAGACCCACAUAUAUACCCUCAGCUCUGGGUGAGAGCUGACGACACCAUUUCCACUAGAGACUUUCCACAGAAAUAAGCUUACCAUUUACUAGAGCUUUGAUCUUUUUUUUUUUUUAAUUGACAUAUGAUAGUGAAAACAGAUGUGUGAGUAUCUAAAUAAAAGUUUUCUUUGCUUUAGAUGUAGGGCCAAGGAAGCCCCUGUGUAUUGUUGCCACCUUAUUUUCUUCAUCCUUCCUGACAAUGCUCUGCUUUAGGCUGGUUUCAGUAGCUGGUGUUACUCACAAAUAGCUUCGCAUCCAACAGAGUUUUACUUUCUUGCGAAACUGCAUCACUUUCUCAUCUGCGAUUAAAAGGGUGGUUGUAUUUUAUCUUGUAAGAAGGAGUCCUGUGUCACUGAAGCCGCCUGUGUUCUUGGGAUUUAGAUGCUGUUACACAUGCUCUGAUGGGAUUUGUGAGAAUUUACCACUUGCCUCUUCUUUCUGCCCAGGCCAUCUUUCUGUUGCUGGUACCUGCUCCUCAAACAUGGGCCCAUGGCUCAGCCACCUUCUUACGCAGUCUGUCAGGUUUGCCAGAUUAAUCUGGCUAGGACGAGUUUGUACCUUUCUCCGCAGACAGUUUAAGCUGAUGCAUUACACUCCAGAGUCCACCAGCUUUGUUCAGCCAAAUUUACAAUCAUGAAGGGAACUUAGUAAGAAGGAGAUGGCACACCGGAGAGUGCAGUGUCUCAAACUGUCCUACCAAGGCAUCGAGAUGAUGUCCGUCAGCACACUCAGGCUCCCAGGCUGAGCAAACACUGUCAUUCUCUUCCUCCUGUUCUGGGGAUUUGAAUAUGCCCUUUCAGACAGAUUUGGAUUGGUUUUGUGAUCUCUUUUCCCACAAAAUUUUAACAAUUGUCUUUUCUGGGCUAGCACAGUUACAAAUGUUCAGUGCCACAUCAAGUGUGGCACAGUGAAAGAGCAAUUUUACAGCAUCAACAAGAAAAUGAUAAAUGUUUUAAUGCCAGUAUCCCAGAAUGAUGUGUCUGGCACUCCAGAUUAGCUUCUCUUUCCAAGGGAAGAGUUAAACGACUGCUUUGUGAGCUCUGGUUGCUCUGGCAAUGGCACUUCAUGGGCUCCUUUCUGCAGCAGCACAAUAGAGCCAUUUGUAAUGCUCUCAAUGACCACACUUGUAAACUGGAUUCUUCCUGAAGUGUUUUUCUGCUGUGUGUGUGUGUGUGUUUGUUUUAAUUUUUUUUAAUUGGACCUCUAAUAACACUUCUUUUGAAUAAUCCCCCCAGAACCAUAGAUAAUAACUGAGAAAUUGUUAAGAUAGAUGCUGUUCCAACAUUUUUCAGUGGGAUAUGGUAUACCCUUGUAUCAAAGUAGGUUUGAUUCCAGGGUUGUCAAGUACUGAAUGAAAUCUGUGAACACUGACUAAUAAAUUACUAAAGACUGAAA